AUAUCACGGAAGCAUGUCAUUGUCAUAACAUUUUCCAAACAUCAAUUAACAAACUCGCAAACAAUGCGAACAACAGAAAAAGACUUUUGAGAAAUAAUUUAGAACUUCCCAAUUUGUCAAACAGUAAGACAAAAUAGUUUUUGGGGCCAAGUGGGGUUCAGAUUUUUACAUCCGAUUUUUGAAAUGGAGCCAGCGGAAAAUGCAGCUGUUGCAGGAAAGUGUUACAAAACGACGUUCAAACAGCCAGUUACAUGCCCUUGGAGCAAUUUCCAACCAUAUCCUCCAUCGGCGAGCAAAAAUAGAGCAGGUGAUUUAUCGGCAAAUCAAACUUCGUCUUCCGAUAAACAAAUGUACCCGGACCCCAAACUAAUGCCAAAAACUUGCCCAUCGCUACAGCAAUCUUCCAGCCAAUUCUUCUACUUCCUCAGACUGAUGCAGCUAUUCCCAGAAACACAUCCAGCCACCCUUCACACCGUGCUGAGCUUGUGCAAAAACGACUUCUUCUGCGCAGUUGACAAAUUGCUGUAUGCCAGAAGGUGUAAGACUUUGUACAAUCGUAGUCACAAGAGGUACUGCUGCAGCUACAGCGAACCAUAUAGGAGGAGGGAGAGGGUGGUGGAUUUGCAAGUUCAGCAAGACAAGUCGAGGGUGGAAAUAUCACUGGCUCAUGUUGAAAUAUUCAAAGAGGAAUCUGAACAGGAAACUCAAACAGGAAAUACUCAUCAAGACAAUCCAUCCAGAAAAGGAAAUUCCUCUUGAAGAAGUUCUUGGUUUUUCGAUACAUUCUCAACAGUUCACUUUUUUAUUCUGAACAUGUUUUUGAUUAAGUAUAGUUACCAAAGAGAA